AUGAUACUUUCAAGAUGUCAACUAUCUACCUUAAGGCCAAUAAAAGAAUCUUUCUUUUACUUUAGGCCUACUUUUCAUUCAAAACGUUUUAUACGAUCUCGUCGUGUAAGUUUUAAUACAGAAUAUUUAACGCGUGCUGAUCAAGGAUUACCAGAAAAUGCAUCACAACGUCAACCUCCAACAGCUAUGCCACUUAAUUAUCUUAAAAGUCAGAUUAUGGAUUUAGAACAAUAUCAAACUGAUAAUGCUAUAUGGUUAAACGAUAAUUUACGUGAAGCCUGGAAAACGUUUCAUCAAUCUUUAGCAACUGCUAUGUGUAAAGAAGAUGCUUUAAAAAUGGAACAUAUAAUUAAUAAAGAUUUAGUUGGAUUAGCUUUAUGUACAUCUCAUGCAGAAGUUAAACAUUUAUUAUCUAUGUUAGCACCUUCUUUACGUUCUACUAUAGUUUCUCAUCCAACCUUUGUACCUUCAGAGGUAGAAGAAUUUUUUAUUCAUAUUGGUCAAGAAAUGGAAAUAAGAGGAGGAAAUUGGGUAUUACAACUUCCUUCUCCAUCUGUUAGUGAACUUCAGUUUACUAUUGAUAAAGUAGGUCGUUUUGGUGAUGAUGGAAGAGGAUGUAUUCAAAAUACUCCUCAUCGUGUUUCUGUAUGGCGUGGACGUCGUGGUGAAGCUUUAGGAUUAACUAUUCGUGUAGGAAGAUUUGUACCUAAUGUUGCUAGAGCUCUUCUUCCUUUAGCUCAUAAAGGUAGUGUUUUAAUUUUAUCUAAAGCAGGUAUUGGGAAAACAACUUUAUUACGUGAUCUUGCAGCUUCUUUAUCACGUGAAAUUUCAAAACCACGUGUUAUGGUUGUUGAUACUUCAAAUGAAAUUGGAGGGGAUAGUCCAGUUCCAUUACCUUUUUUAGGUCGUUGUCGUCGUAUUCAAGUAGCUAAACGUGAAGAACAAGGAAAUAUAAUGACACAAAUAUUACAAAAUCAUUCUCCUGAAUAUGUUAUAGUAGAUGAAAUAGCUACAUCUUCAGAAGCUGAAGCAGCUUGGUCUAUUUCUCAACGAGGUGUUCAUCUUAUUGCAACUUGUCAUGGAGAAAGUCUUGCAUCUUUAUUACAAAAUCAAUCUCUUAACCUUCUUGUUGGUGGUGCCGCUCAGGCUUUUUUAAGUAAUGAAGAACGUCGAUUACGAAAUAAAUCUAAAAAAACUAUUUUAGAGAGGCCACAUGCUUCACCAUUUCGUUUUGUUGUUGAACUUAAAUCUAGAAAUACUGCUCAUAUUUAUAUUGAUGUAAAUACAGCAGUAGAUUUAAUUUUAGAUGAUCAAGAUGCUGAACAAAAUGCCUCAGUUGGAAUAAAAGUAAAUCUUGAUCAACCUCCAUCAGAUGAAUUGAUGAGCAUGUUGUAUGCUAAAGAAAAGAAAGCACAAUUGGAUGCAGAGCGUCGUCGUAAGGGUCAAGUAAAUGUAGAAAUGAUUUCUAAUUCUUCUGAUGAUUUGGAUACAAAUCCAAAUUUUGAUUAUGAUGAUAGUGGUGAGAGUGAUGGUGGUAUUGGACGUAAAUUCAAUAGACAAUGGAAAGGUGAUCGGAUGAGAAAACGACCAAUGAGUGGUCGAAAAAGAACUGAUGAGGAUCUUUGGGAAGAUUUACGUAGCUUCCAGUAA